UUAGCGCCACCUUCAGCCUCUGUUGGAGCUGGGAUUUAUUUAAUCGUUUUUACUCUAAAUCAGGGGUGUUACUCAACCCUGGUCCUCGAAAGCUACUGUCCUGUCUGUUUUCCAAAUCUACCUGCUGAUUACCUUGAUCAGAUGUGUCAGUUAGCUGCUGACUGGAUAAACACACCUGGUGAAGCAAACAGCUGAGGACUAUAAAUACAUAUGCAAUAAUUGUAGAACAUCAUGUCACCUGUGUGGCUGCUCCUCCCCUGGACCUCAAGCACUAAAACCCUGAGACAGGAAGAGCGAAUCACCACAGGUUUAGAGUCUGAUGACGGUUGGUCACCCGACAUGGUCACAUAGUAAUGAAUAAUACCGUCUUAUACAGCGUACAAUACUGCAGCUAUAGAGCCACUGUUUAUUCUGCCAAUUCGAAAGAUAAAAUCUCUGAUUUACUACUUGAAAUACUACUUGAAACUGAAUUACUUUUCUUAGCCAAAUUAUGACAAAAUAGUUGCUCAUUACAAAUAACCAUAUAUUUUUUGUAGUUUAAAAACUUAUUUUUUACUUGAAUGUUUCUAAUUCAUUUUAAUGUAUUACAUUUUAUGAGGACUUGUCUGUUUAUUUAAUUGACCUUUUCAAAUGUUUUUUUUUACAAAUCUAUUAUUUUACAGGCAGAAACUAAAAUGUACUAAAAUAUCUCACAGCUCAUCUCUUUCCAUGUGAUUAAGUGAGUGAGUAACUGCAAUAGAGAUACUUUCUACCACUUCGUCAUCUUCUGUGCAGACAAUAUUGUAAUAACUUACACAAAAUGUAUUUCUACCUCUCCUCCGUCGCCGCCUACUGUACCCCUGUCAUUGUCCCUCAUUGCUGAAUCUGUUCCUGAAGGCUCUCAUCUCCUCACUGUCUUGACGGUUCAAAUGCCUCUAUUCUAAUGUCACUCUUUAUCGCUUCUGUGUUUUCCAAUUAUUUAUUUGGACCUACUGACUGAAGCUUCAGAGGUGAGGGACCUGUUCCCUCUGUAGUCAGUAGUAAGGGGCCUAUAUACAGUAUACUGGGGAGUCUAUUUGGACAGAAACCAGGACUGGACAGAGUUAUUAGCUCUAUUAGCUCUACUAAAUGUUUUCUGGUCCUCCAACAUCUGGAGCAGCGUAUUGCAGAUCAUGUGCUGGUCUGUCAUGUUUGUGCUUUGUUCAGGAGCCCUGGUCUCUGAAAGGAGUCUGAACUCACUUCCUACCAACUACUAGCCCUUCUCUUAGUGGACUUGAAGGUGCAGCUGUGACUCAGUAGGUCAGGCAGUAAAGCUGACUCCUCCACUCUUGCGAAGGCCCAGGAGUUAAUGACUGUGGCUCAUUACAUUAUUUGUCUUAAUCAUGCAUUCCUGAUUAUUAUUGGCCCAUUUGUAGAAAGUCUUUUUUAAUGUAUCUGUUUGGUUUUUAAUAAUGCAGCUGUGUACUGUAUCUAUAAGCAGAGAAUGAUGGUGAAUCCUGGCUCUGGUUCUACUUCUGUCCAGUUGUUGGCCUUGUCGUUUCCAGUCGGCCAAUCAUUUUCUCCCACACAGGGAGGAGCAGGGAGGAGCAGGGAGGCCCAUCACAGCAUGUUCCUGGUAGGAGCACAGCUUGACUGGACACACAUGGAACAGGAUACUCCCUUCAAGGAGAGCUCCACCUCCUGACACUGGAGGAGGAUGAAGGUAAAAGGUGGGAGAUGGGAGAGAUCCUGACACUGAGACAUCAUGGAUUCUAACGUUUCUGCUCUGGAGCUGCUGGGCCUUUUUGUCUCUAUAGUGGCCUGGCUCUGCACAUUGUCCAGCACCCUGAUGCCGUCCUGGCUCAACCUCAACACGGAUCUGCUCCCCAUUGAGAACUUCUACGUGGGGCUGUGGGGCACCUGUGUGAUACAGGACAUGGGGGAUGGGAACGAGUGCAGGCUCUACGACAGCAUGCUUGAUCUGCCGCUGGACAUCAUGCUGGCCCGGAUCCUGAUGUGUGUGGCUGUGGCGCUGGGGGUUCUGGGACUGUUGCUGACCAUUCCUGGCCUGCACCAGGUCAAAUGCUUCCAUGGCCAGUCAGGGGCCAAGAGGGGGCUGAGGAUGGCUGGUGGAGUGCUGUGCCUGCUGGACGGGCUCCUGGUGCUCAUCCCAGUCUCAUACAUUGCCCAUCUGACAUUGAUUCGGUUCUUUGAUGAGACUCUGCCCGACAUUUACGAACGCUGGGAGUUUGGGGAAGCUCUGUUCUGCGGCUGGGCGGCAGGAUUCCUCUACCUGGUGGCAGGGACACUGCUGCUCGUUUCCUGUGUGCACCUGAAGGAUGAACAGCCAGAUCUACCUGGAGCCAGGCCGAUGAUGGGGCCGCCGCCCAGACCCUUUACCAGCAGGUCCCAGUACAUCUGAGUCGACUGGACCUCAAGGAAUGUGAAGCUCUGACCAUUACCUACCUUAAGCAGUGUCAAUUAUCACCUUAAGCAGUAUGGGGCAAAACGGGAAAACUGGAUCGGCAACAGAAAAAAAAGGUUUAUUAUUAAAUCAAAACCAGUUUAACAUGUUUCAGGAAAAGUAUUUCAAGUUUCAGUUCAAGUGUAUUUUUGCUUUUGCAAUUUUUAUCUUUCAAAUGUUUUUGCGUUAGAUUCAUAAAGUAAGUAAUGUUACAUUUUUACUUGUAAUCAUGAUAUGAAAAGAAUAGUAAAUUAGAGUUUACUGUACAAGAUUGUAGACUUAUUUAGUAUAAAUCAAAGUAAUAAAUAUUUUAACUGCAAAAAAGUACUUUUUCAGACACUUUUGUUGCUGUCAAACCU